CAUCAAUCGACAUUAAGUGAUCGCCGACUAUCAAAGCGUGUUGUAGAUGGCCGGGCUGCAUCAAUUGAAGCAGCAACUGGAGAAUGAUCCGGGGCUGCCAGUAGAGAACUCGACCAGAUCAUACUGGCAACAACCGCCGACUAGGCCUCUGGCCGACCUGCAGUCUUCGAAGCUGCCGCGCAACGUAGAUGUGGUGAUCAUUGGCUCUGGAAUCACGGGGUGCAGUGUGGCCCGACAGCUCCUGAUGCAAGCUCAUGACUUACAUAUUGCCAUGCUGGAUGCUCGUCAGAUCUGCAGCGGAGCCACGGGGAGAAACGGCGGACAUGUGAAAGCCGUCCCGGAAGUGAGCUAUGCAGAUCUGGCUCCUCGAAUAGGCAGAGAAAAGGCGCGAGAAGUGGUCGACUUUACGCUUGCAAAUGUUGAAGAGCUCUUUGCCGUAGCAGCAACACUUCCGGCAGAGCUCCAGCGCUAUAGCGAGAUUCGCCGUGUCGAAAGUGUCAAUCUGUUCACUGACGACUCCGGAUUCUCUCAAAUGCAGGCGAAGCUUGAGGACUUCCGGGCAAACAAUCAAGAUCUCGCUGGUCGCAUGCGAGUGCUUUCCAAGAGCGAGCUGCAACAAGACUACGGAGUUGACAACGCAGCUGGCGGCGUGACGUCCCAAGCUGGAGCUGCGUGGCCAUAUCGAUUGAUCACGGGAAUGCUGUCGGAUCUGCUCGAAAGGUAUGGCGAGCGAUUCUCAAUAGAUGCCCAUACGCCGGUCCAGAGUAUUGAUGUCGAUGGACAGCACUACUUGGUAAAAACCCCUCGAGGCGAUAUCAAGACUAGUCGUGUCGUACAUGCCACCAAUGGGCAUGCUGGCCAUUUAUUACCAGGACUUCGUGGCCCCUUGUGGCCAUUGCGUGGCCAAAUGACCGCACAAACACCUCAUGCCUCAUUUGGCGUCCACGGGUCAAGGUCGUAUUCGAUACACUACCGCAACGGCUUCGACUACAUAACCCAGAGUGGAGAAGGCGGCGAGAUCUUCAUCGGAGGAGGACUUGUCAUGUCUGAAGCUCAUCACGACCUGGGAAACGCUCUAGACGACAGCAAUGCUACUCUUCCAGUCGCUCACCUUGGUGGCAUCAUGGACGCUACAUUUGGUCGCCCCGUGCGCAGCGAGAUCAAAGCAGCUUGGACUGGUGUUAUGGGCUGUACCACAGAUGGUCUACCGCUUGUUGGCAAGCUCCCAAAAGCCGCUACCACUCGAGAUGGCAGUGGUGAAUAUAUCUCUGCCGGCUACAACGGCUAUGGAAUGCCCAAUGCCUGGCUUUGCGGUAAACAUAUCGCCAAUCUAAUCCUUGACAAGCCGGCCGACCAACCCAUUCCUACCGCCUACAACGUGAGCGACGAGAGGCUGCAGAAUAUGGAUGUCGAGGCUUCCGCCCGUGAGUGGCUUGCUAUGUUUGGUCAGAGUACUUGAGAGCCGUAUAGCUAUACUGUGACAAACACUUCACGGCAAACAAUUCAAUGCGUACGUUGCAGACAGUAGUCUAGCCUCUAUACAUCUUUGAUGCCUCUGAAAUUGGACUGCUGAAGACCGUGCUGACUGUGAACCGCUCCAUUAUCUGACACUCUCGCAGGAACAAUAAUAUUUUCGAGCCGGAGAUGCGACUCUGGACAGCUUUUCCAUCCAUAAUUCUCAUGCCUGCUGGCGUCCUGUGGUUUGGUUUGUCGACCGCUUACAGUGAUCACUGGGUUAUUCCAGCCGUCGGCUUUGGAGUCUUCGGCUUUGGAUUCGUUGUUAUCGGUGAUGUUGCGUUGACCUAUGCCAUGGAUUGCUGCAAAGACGUAAGCUUCCGAUGAGGAGUCAUGCGUGCUUUGCGUCAUAACAUAUGUACAGGUCAUCGGUGACCCGUUGAUCGGCAUAUCCUUCGUGAGAAACGUGAUUGCAACAAUCAUUGCGACAACAUUGACUCCAUGGGUCGCAGAUGUUGGUUUGGCGAAUGUCGCUGUUAUAUCCGCAGUGCUCGCCUUCUCACUCUCUCUGCCCACGAUUCCACCGAUGAUUUAUGGUAAGCGAUGUAGGAUCUGGACGGCGGACCGACUGGAGGUCAUGGCCGCAAAACAGUACGUGUCUCGAAGUACUAGAUAUCCUGCUCAGAACAAAUCCAGAAGUGGUGUUUGGUGCAUCUCCUCACAAGCAUCCACUUUCAACCGCUGUCUUAGAAAGUGAUUUUCCAAAACUUCUU